GAAGUGGAGGCCCGGCGUGUGGAGGAAGGGCGGCCCUGGCGCGCAGGCUCUGGGGCGCCCAGGGGCUCUAAAGCCGCGGAGGGAGGGCGGCUGCCGGCGCCAAGCGCACGCCGGUGAGGUGCGAUCUGUGGCUGCCAUUUCUUCCUGGUGAGCACCUCCCCGGGGGUGACCCCCGACUAGAUCCCGACGCCUACCUCGGGGUGGACUGUGCAGGUUUUCUCUCAGAUGUGCUGCCGUAAUAAUGCAGGAGUUAAGAAACUUCCUUUCCUUUGCUCCAAAUCAGAAGAUUUUGUUCCCUACGUAUAGAACAGGCAUAAUGUUUAAAAACAAUUGGGUGGUGUUUAAAGCUGAAGAUUGUCAUGGCUGUUUAACCUAAGCUCUGUGCUGAAGUAAACUUAAUUGUCUUGGAAAUACUAAGUUGGGGCAAUCCAAUCUACUCCUGAAACCAUGAAAAUUUUACUGGUUUUUGAUUUUGACAAUACAAUCAUAGAUGACAAUAGUGACACCUGGAUUGUACAGUGUGCUCCAAACAGAAAGCUUCCUAUUGAACUACAAGAUUCAUAUCAAAAAGGAUUUUGGACAGAAUUUAUGGGCAGAGUUUUUAAAUAUUUGGGAGAUGAAGGUGUAGGAGAAAAUGAAAUGAAAAGAGCGGUUACAUCAAUACCUUUCACUCCAGGGAUGGUGGAACUUUUCACCUUUAUAAGAAAGAAUAAGGAUAAAUUUGACUGCAUCAUUAUUUCAGAUUCAAAUUCAAUCUUCAUAGAUUGGGUUUUAGAAGCUGCCAGUUUUCACGAUGUGUUUGAUAAAGUGUUUACAAAUCCAGCAGCUUUUGAUAACAGUGGUCAUCUCACUGUGGAAAAUUACCAUACACAUUCUUGCAGUAGGUGCCCAAAGAAUCUUUGCAAAAAUGUAGUAUUAGUAGAAUUUAUAGAUAAACAGUUGCAACAGGCAGUGAAUUAUACACAAAUUGUUUAUAUAGGUGAUGGUGGAAAUGAUGUUUGUCCAGUAAUCUUUUUAAAGAAGAAAGAUGUUGCAAUGCCACGGAAAGGAUAUACUUUACAGAAAACUCUUUCCAAAAUGUCUCAAAAUCUUGAGCCUAUGGAAUCUUCUGUUUUGGUUUGGUCUUCGGGUAUUGAAAUAAUUUCUCAUUUACAGUUUCUAAUAAAGGAGUAAUGUGCCUACAUUGGAAA